AUGGAUCCUCUAUCCAUCACAGCCUCGGUGAUCACCUUGAUCGAGGCAUCGGGUAUUCUCACAAAGUCUUUGCAUGGCUUUAUUCAUGGCCUGAAGACAGUGGAUGCUAGGGUCACUAGACUCUGCGAGGAGCUCAAGAACCUCACGGAUCUGUUAGAGGUGGUAGAGAGAACCUUGAAAGAGUGUCGCUCCUUCGACCUUGCUCACGUUGAGGAUGACUUGUGGCAGCAGAGCAAUAUCGCUCUCGCGGAUUGUCAAGCCACGCUAAACGACUUGAAGAUGCUCAUCGCAAAGGUCAAGAAGGCCGCUGGCUCUCGGACAUUUGGAUGGAAGCUCCGGGCCAUGUUCGAUCUCACACUCCAUGGAAAUGAAGUGGUGGCGUUCCAAGAGAAGAUACACAAGUCGAACGGGGCUUUACAGACGAUAUUGCACACAAUCACUGUGUUUGUAUAG